UAGAAAGCACGUCCAAGAAUAGCGCGAACACGCGCUUCACAACGCGAGUGGGCACACGUGCCACUCGGAGAAAAGGGUGAAGAAAAAAAAAGAGACAGGCUGUCCGGAGGACCCGGUUGAGAUGGCAUGUGUGCAUCCUUGAGAACUUCAGGAUGAAGCUGUUGCUGGUUGCUGCUGCUGCUCUGGCCAUGGCCAGCUGUGCCAGCAUCUCUCUGGAAGACCUGGAGUUCCACGCCUGGAAACUCAAGUUUGGAAGGUCCUACAACUCUCCGGCAGAGGAGGCUCACCGCAGGGAAAUCUGGCUCAGCAACCGCAGAUUGGUGCUGGUGCACAACAUCUUAGCCGAUCAGGGUUUCAAGUCUUACCGCCUCGGCAUGACCUACUUUGCUGACAUGGCAAAUGAGGAGUACAAACGCCUGAUUUCCCAGGGAUGCCUUGGUUCCUUCAACGCUUCUCUGCCUCGCCACGGCUCUUCUUUCCUCCGGCUAUCUGAAGUAGUUGAUCUGCCCAACAGUGUUGACUGGAGGGACAAGGGAUACGUCACAGAUGUCAAGGAUCAGAAGCAGUGUGGCUCCUGUUGGGCCUUCAGCACAACUGGCUCUCUGGAGGGUCAGACCUUCAGGAAGACAGGGAAGCUGGUGUCUCUGAGCGAGCAGCAGCUGGUUGACUGCUCAAGCGACUAUGGCAACAUGGGUUGCAUGGGAGGCCUGAUGGACAACGCCUUCCAGUACAUCAUAGCCAACGGAGGGAUAGACACUGAGGACUCCUACCCUUAUGAGGCUGAGGAUGGUCAGUGCCGUUACAAUCCUGACACUAUUGGUGCCACAUGCACAGGCUAUGUUGAUGUGGAACAAGGCAAUGAAGGUGACCUAAAGCAGGCUGUGGCCACCGUCGGACCUGUGUCUGUGGCCAUUGAUGCUUCUCAUGUUUCCUUCCAGCUGUACCAAUCAGGAGUGUAUGAUGAGCCAGAGUGCAGCAGCUCAGAGUUGGACCAUGGUGUAUUGGCUGUGGGUUACGGCAGUGACAACGGACAUGACUACUGGCUGGUCAAGAACAGCUGGGGUCUAGAAUGGGGAGACAAAGGAUACAUCAGGAUGACCAGGGACAAGAACAACCAGUGUGGCAUUGCUACUGCAGCCAGCUACCCCAUGGUCUGAGCAGGUCCAGGACUUUCCUCAUUGGAGGAGGAGAAAAGUGGCAUAAUUUACCUUAAUUUCAUAAAGAAAUAGAGUGGAACAAGAUGUUCUUUUGUUGCUCCAUGGAUGUAAGACAGAGUGUGUCUGCACUUUUCAUAGAAUAACAUUUUUAUGAAGAUUGUAAAUAAUGAAAUAAAAUGUUUUACAUUGAGAGAUAAAAAAAUAAAUAAAGAUUUAUGUGUUGAUGA